CCUCUCUUUUCUCUUCUUGUUGUUGUGUUACUGGCUACUCUCCCCGCCUCCCACGCCCCUUUUUUUCUUUUCUUUUCGUCGGACUUGAUGACCAAUGUUGGAUGUGUGAUGGACGGGUAUUUCCAGGUUGGAGGCUGGAAAGAAUGGAUGCAUUGGCGAGUACACACACAUGUCGGUUUGAGCGAGGAGCGAAUGGAUUGCGAAUUUGUUCUCAGGCUCAGCCUAUUGCUUUUCUCUUUGGCUCUCGCCCUAUCGAGCCUGGGCUUCUCGUUCGGAGCUCCGCAAACACGUAUCCGGGGGAGGGUCUCUACCUAAUUAUCCAAGGCACGCUGCCUGUCUGUAAGAGCGCGGGAUUCGACCACAGCAUAUGGGCACAGGAAAUGGGGACAAAACAAAACACGAAGAGUGAAGGGCGGCCAAGCAUUGAGCCGCUUCUUCAUGUAAGACUAGAGUCUAAAGUAUCGACAAGGCACUUACUUAUUGAUAUUCAGCAAGUGCCCAAGCCUUCCGUGGGUUCUUACCCUUUCACACUGUGGUGGAAGACCCGAGAGGCCAUUUCCCCUGAAAUGUCAAGUUCGAGUCUACGCUGUUCUACCCCAAAUUAACACUUCCUGAACUCUUUGACCCUCAUCACUCGACGGAUACCUGUUGUAUAUCCAGAAUGUGUUUGCGUUCGGCCGCAGAUCGGGGCGAGACUACUUUUGGUUAUCUUGCAGUG